AUGGAUAAAUUCGUAAUCGUUGGGGGAUUUUUAUGCUUUGCGGCCGAUGUAUUUGCAAUCGCUUCGCUGGCGACUCCGGAAUGGGUUGUGACAGACUUUGCUGGUAAGUUGAGCUGUAAUUAAGAAUUGAGCGCAAGUCAAAAAUAGCGGUAAUAAUAACAUUAUGAAUAUGGCGCAGAUUAUUUGAGCUUAAGUACAUGUUUAAAAGUGCAUGUUUUACCUUUGUACCAAUUUUUUUCUAACAACAAAUACUCAUAUCGUGGCCAUCACAAGCCUUGACUGCAGCAGGAAUCGUUAAUUUGUCAAAAUGCCCACGAGUUUUAAUAGCAUUAUCACAUGCAACCAUAAUGUAAGCUUACUUUGUGGGUAAUCUGCCUAAUGAUUUGUAAUUUUUUCUGCAAAGUUUUAUUAUUGACUUCAUUUCUAAAGGACCCUCAAAUAUUCCUGGUCAAUGUCGACAAACAAACUGAAUCACCCGGUGGGCCGGGGGAGGGGGAGGAGUGGGGAUGGGGGAGGGAGGACAUCCUGUGAGCAGGGUGAGAAAAGGAGGCUCUGCCUGAAUUAGCCUGCGAGCAAGCUCUCCUAUUUGGGCGAGUGAAGCAAGUCUCGUGAGAACACGCGAGCGAGCGGCGGGGCCACAAGGGGCAGAGAAAAGGAGAGGUUGCAACGAUCUUGGCCCCUCGCUCGCGCGUUCUCGUGAGGCUCACCCAAAUAGGAUAGCUUGCCCACAGGCUAUGCCAGAAUCGCAUCAAGCUUUUGAAAUGGCUGAAGUUGAAAUUUCUGGAUUAGUUUUCUCUCAACAAACUGGUUUUACAAGUGCAAGUAUUUGCGUAUUGCAACCAAUGUCGCAACUGAGACGAUGUACCAUGCGCCCAGCUAUUGGGUCUGGGUUCAAAACUGCAUCGUCGCAACAUGCAACACAUGCUUAGCAAGAUUUUACUCAUUUCAUGUAAAAUCAUUCUCAAAUACUCUGAAAUCGAGCAAGCAAAGGAGAGACUCUGAUGGCAGGCUCGUGGAGGGGGGAGGAGUAGGAACCUUUUACAUUAGAGAGAUUAAGAUUCACGUUUACGCCAAACAGCAAACGUGAAUUUGUACCAUGUGACCAAGCUUUUCCCUUAAUUGUCCUUAAAUGUUUAUUACUUCAACUAAAAAAUAAGUAGUUUCAUGUCAGUUUUAUACAUAAGAAUCAAUUGUUCUGGACAGUUUUUAUCUGGUUAUUUUCUAUUCUGAGAAUUUCUCAACUAGAAUCUGACAUUUGCCAUUUGGCAUAAACGUGAAUCUUAAUCUCUAUUAUUGGUUUUUUGCCAUCACAUGAGAAGGUGGCUAUGUUGGUUGAAAAAAUAAAAUGCAUGUGAUAUUAUUACCACAUGUUAGAUCAAUAGCUUACACCUUCAAUCAUGCCAGGCAAAAGUGACAAGGAUCAGUGGUAGAUCUAGACAUUGAGAUAGGUGGGGGGAGGGGUGGGAUAGGGUGCUCAUCUGGAUGUUGACAUAAGGGGGGCAGUCAGGAAAAAGAAUUUCUAGACUAUGAGGCAAUUUGAUCUUAAAAUAAGGGGGCCCCUCCAGUAUAUCUACCACUGGGUAUUAGGCCCUGUUCUUUCCGGUUUGUUGCUUUAUGGUCUUGAUAGUCAAAGUGAUGUGUCUACCUUAAAUAUUGCAGGUUCUGUUCGGCUUGGUUUGACUGUCAUGUGUCAAAAGUCAGAUGGACAGCCAGAAGUGUGCAUCACCCCUGAACUACCCCAAGAGUGGCUGGCCACACUAGUUUUUAUGAUUUUGGGUGUUAUAGCUUUAACACUAACUUGCUGUCUAUUAGUCUUGUCACCUUGGAAACCAACUAUCGUUGAUGCAGCAAAGUGGAUUGUUUUUAUUGGAAGUAAGUCAGUAAAUUUAUGUAGUGUCAGUCUGAUUUGGCCAAUUUUUCAUUCACCCUUGCCUUUUAUAAUAUUUUUUCUUACUUUUGUUUUGUUUUAGUGAUUGUGUUCUGCCUGGCAGCUCUGACAUUUCCACUGGGAUUUCAAAUGCCUGAAAUUGGUGGUAGACCAUACAAGCUUCCACAUGGCACUCAUGUUGGACCAUCAUUCUUCCUCUACAUAUUUUGUAUAGUUUUCACAAUUGCAUCUGAACUAUUUAUAUUCAAAGUUUGUCCUCUCUUGCUUAGAUGA